AUGAAUCUCGAGGAGUUCAAUGGCCAGAAUAUCCCCCGGUACGCUAUACUAUCGCACACUUGGGAAGAUGAAGAGGUCACUCUAGCCGAUUACGUCCAAGGACAGUCGACAAAACAAGAGUGGUCCAAAAUACAUAAGAGCUGUAAAUUAGCCGCGAAGCACAACUUGGAGUUUGUCUGGAUAGAUACCUGUUGCAUUGAUAAGUCCAGCAGUGCCGAGUUGACAGAGGCAAUCAAUUCCAUGUACACAUGGUACGCCAACUCUGAUGUCUGUUUCGCUUAUCUGGGUGAUUACAACCGGCCGCGCCCAGAUUCCCAGAACACACUCCGUGGCUGUCGGUGGUUCACCAGAGGUUGGACGUUGCAGGAAUUGAUAGCAGCCCCAAUUGUUCAAUUUUAUGACGCUUUGUGGCAGUUUCGUGGCGCAAAGCACGACCUCUGCGAUGAAAUUGCCGAAAUCACGCGUAUCGACCGGGCAGUUCUCCCCCAGACAGGUCGGGAUCUUCAGCUACUUCUCAAAUCUAUUUCUGUAUGCCAGAAAAUGUCUUGGGCGGCAGAUAGACAAACGACACGCAAGGAAGAUACCGCAUAUUGUCUCCUCGGCCUGUUCCGGGUGAACAUGCCGUUGUUGUAUGGCGAAGGGGCUGAAGCUUUUAUCCGCCUGCAGGAAGAGAUCAUCAAGAGAUGCAAUGAUCUUUCUAUCUUUGCUUGGCAAGCAGAGGGACAUAUGAUGCCUUAUGUCUGCACUAGCGUUCUUGCUCCAUCUCCCAGAGAGUUCAUGAACUCGAGGAACGUUGUGCGGAGCCAAGAUUUGAUAUAUAACCCGGAAUUUACUAUGACAAACAAGGGUAUUCGCAUUUCUGUAGCAUUGUCUGUGAGCAGAGCUAUCGAUAUGUCAAUACUUAGCCUCCACUGCCAUCGUGAAGACAAGCCACAGCAACCACUCGGCAUCUACCUCAGCAGCAUCGGGGGCGAAGUUUACGGCCGCACUCGACCCAGUGUCAUCCCGGUCGAAGUUGCAGGCGCUAGGUCCCAGGAGAGGUCAAUAUUUCUGACCAAACAACCACCGCUUGAUAAGCCAACGAGCUGGGGUUUGACACACGGUCACCACUUCCGCUUCAGAAACCCAUCAAGGUCUUCAGAUCUUAUCAAACUUGUGUCCGCAUUCCCGGAGAAGCGCUGGGACAAGCAGUUCGGGUUUCGAGCUAGAGAUGCGUAUAGCUUUGUUGGCAUAAACACUUACCGAGUGCGCUGGCCGGAAGACACGGUGACGUUUGUGAUCGCUUGUGGAUUCGCCCCCAGCAUUGAGCCGUGGGUGUGUGUCAGCAAGAAAGGCUCUAAGAAUGAGCUAUGGGCUGCUGCAAACUCACAUGAUGUCAUGCGUGUUGGCGAACUCGGUCCGCAAUAUAGGGACCUGGACCUAUCAAUCCGAUCCAGAAGUUAUAUGGAAAAGAUCUACGUACAGAUCAAUCUUCGGGAAUUUCAAGGAGAAAGUGAGGUGGCACGGUGGUAUGAGGUGGCGGUGAAUGCGACCACGCGUAAGCCGACUCGAGCAAGAAACCAAAGUCGCGGGAGGUUGCCAGCUUCAGAAGAAACACAUCUGCUUGAAUACCUGCAGAGCCCUGAGCCUGUGAGUAUUGAAUGUAAGGGUGCGGCUGCUCUCGGAGUGCAGACGGAUUGCACUACUUAA